AUGGCGACGGAUGGACCGUGGUGCGCCGCGGCGGACGACGCCGACCCCCUGGACAGGGGGUCUAUGAAGAUCGUCCACGAACAGGUUUUGACGGACGUCAAAACCACUUCUCUUACCGUGGGGGAAGGGACUACCGGGGGAAGGACCGUGCACCUCCUGUCUCCCAUCGUGAUGGGGUGUAACCCCAGAUGGUCCACAGCUCAGAGACGGCGUGAGGAGAGGCUCUGGAUUCACCGUCUGGGCACUUUGAUUCCAGGAGGCCUCAAUGAGAGCCCCACCUUCUACGCCGGCGGCUCCGCCGCCCACACCAGCGGCCCCAGAACCUGCUCAACCACCUGCCGCCACCCAGCCUCCACACCGGCCGCCUGCAGCACAGGGGAACCCAGCGCCGGCGCGUCAGCUCAGCGUGACAGCGGAGCAGCAGAGCUGCAGGUGGCUGGAUACUCCCACAAACCUGGAAGUAUAAAAGUAGAGGAACCACUCACUCGAUGCUUUUAUCAAACGAGCAGUUCAUCUUUGGAACUUCUUGGCUUCAUCGAGAGAGUGAAAAUUAUGGAUUAUGAAGUGACCGUACACACUGGCGAUCUCUUUGGCGCCACUACUUUCAACGAUGUCUACAUUAAUCUGGUGGGAACGGAUGGAAGGAGCAAACGCAGUUUGCUCAAGAGUGCUAUAUCCUUCUUCAGAGGAACAGUGCAUCAUUUUACCGUGUCCUGCCCAAAAUCCCUGGGAAAGCUGGUCCUGAUAGAGCUACAGAAAGAGCGUCAAUCAGUGUUCCCUCAAGACUCCUGGUUCCCUGCCAAGGUGGAAGUGAAAUCCCCUGAGGGAAAGACUUACCACAUUCCCAUCUACCGCUGGAUCACUGACAGUAAGGUGCACCGCUUCAGAGAAGGAACAGCUCUGACAGACUUGGAAGACAUCAGUCCGCUUGGCAAGAGCAGUCGGCAGCAGGAGCUGGAUCAGCGAGACCAACAAUAUCGCUGGGAUGUGUAUGUAGAGGGGCUACCUCACUGCAUAAAGGCAAAAGACCCCUCUUCUCUGCCCUUGGAGGUCCAGUUCUCCUUCACCAAAAAUGCAGAGUUCAUCUACAAUGGAGCCACAGGGCUGAGUAAGCUGCAACUUAAGGUGCUGGUCGAUUGCAUUGACAACUGGAAUAGUAUUCAAGACAUCCAUCGGGUGUUCUGCUUAAAACAGACCGACAUAUCAGUCUAUGUCAAGGAACACUGGAAGGAGGAUGCUUUUUUUGGCUACCAGUUUCUGAAUGGCGUCAACCCUAUGAUGAUCAAACGUUGUACAACUCUGCCCGAUAACUUUCCUGUCACUGAUGGCAUGGUCUUUCUCAGUGGUCAGGGUAAACUGGAAGAUGAAAUGAAGAGAGGCAACAUCUUCCUGUGUGACUACAAGUGUUUGGAAGGUGUAAAAGCAAACAUCGUGAAUGGGAAGCCGCAGUACUUGAUGGCUCCGCUGGUCCUUUUACACAAGACGCCUGAUGAUAAGAUGAUGCCAAUCGCUAUUCAGCUGAAGCAGACUCCAGCAGUGGACAAUCCCAUCUUUACUCCUGCUGAUUCUGAGUGCGACUGGUUGAUGGCCAAGAUUUUUGUGAGAAGUGCAGAUUUCGCCGAGCAUCAGCUCAACACUCACCUGCUGCGCACUCAUCUGCUGGCUGAGGUUUUUGCCGUGUCACUGCUGCGCAACGUGCCCAUGGUGCACCCACUGUACAAGCUCCUCAUUCCUCACACUCGCUACACUCUUCAGAUAAAUAUCAUAGCUCGACUUAAUCUAAUAUCUGAGCAAGGACUUUUAACACAGAUUGCAGCUUGUGGUGGAGAGGGUAUGAUCACAAUCCUGAAGAGAGGGCUGUCCUCAUUGACCUACAGCUCGCUCUGUAUACCAGACGACAUUGCUGAGCGUGGGCUGGAGGCUGUGCCAAACUUCUACUACAGGGAUGAUGGACUCCAGCUUUGGGAUAUCAUCCACAGGUUCGUGCAGGGAGUGCUCAGCUACUACUACAAAAAUGACGAUGACGUAAAGGAUGACUCUGAGCUGCAGAAGUGGAUUCUGGACAUUUUUGAACACGGAUUCCUUUCCCAAGCAGGCACAGGGAUUCCACGCAGUUUUACCACUGUGGCUGAGUUGGUCAAGUUUGUUACCAUGGUGAUCUUCACCGGCUCAGCACAGCACGCUGCCGUGAAUUCUGGACAGUAUGACUAUGGUGGCUGGAUGCCCAACACUCCCCCCACUCUGCAACGUCCUCCACCAGCCAAGGGGACGGCAAGCGAGGCCACCAUGCUGCAGACAUUACCUGACGUCAACACAACAGUUCAGGGAAUGGCCACCGUGUGGCUCCUCAGCAAACAGUCCUUGGACUUUGUCCCUCUUGGCCAAUACCCGGAGAACCACUUCAGUGAGGAGACUCCCUGCCAGCUGAUAAAGGUUUUCCAAGGAGAGCUUGAAGUGUUAAGUGUAACCAUCCAAGUCAGGAACAGGAGUCUGAAAGUGCCAUACACAUACCUGGAUCCAGUAGGGGUAGAAAAUAGUGUGGCCCUUUGAGUAUCAGAGGGUGGGACCUCCUCAGCUGCGAGGAACUGCAUGCUCUAAUACUGAUUCUACUGCAUGUGACCAUUGUACGCUGAACUGUGGUUUUUAUACAUCAUUCUUGGUGAAACUGUGUCUGAAAUCAUCUUCUGAACUUGUCAGUGAAUACACAUCUAAUGAAAUUACAGUGGGAAAAAUAUUAUUUUGCAUUGUGGUUGUAACACUUUAGAAGUGUAAUGUGUAAUCUAUGAGGGAACUGUGUGUCUGUUUCAUCUCAUGUGACAGAACAUAGCAUGAUUCAUUCGGUUCUGUCACUGUUGAAGGAGAUUUUGUUUAUUGUUCCUGUGAGGGAUUUUUUUUUCUGGCAAUGCCAUUUCCUCCCAUGCUGCAUGUAAUAAAGAACUGAUUCUCAA